AUGGUGGAAGUGGGCGAGCGAGGAAGGGACGCGGUGCGCUCGAGAGCAGGAAGGUGCGAUGUGCGAUGGGCUAGGACCGCAGGAGAGGCAGGAACGAUGGCCACAGGCGCGUGGAUCGUCUCCCCAGAGCCAACGAUGGGGUUUGGGUGGUUGAAUGGUGCCCAAAAGAAAAUAAAAGCAGCAGAAGGAGGUCCAAGAGAAAAAGAGAGGCGUGAGCAAUAA